GGCUUCGCCAGCUCGAGGACCAGACGGAUAGCAACUAGGGUUUUUCUUUGAGAUGGAAAUGGCGGAGGCGAACGACGAGGCGGGGCGGCGGACGGCGUGCGAGUACUGCGGGGAAGCAGAGGCGAUGCUCUUCUGCCGCGCGGACUCCGCUCGGCUCUGCGUGGCGUGCGACCGCCACGUGCACGCGGCGAACGCCCUGUCGCAGAAGCACGUCCGCUCCCCGAUCUGCGAUAACUGCGCGGCGAUGCCCGCUGCCGCUCGGUACGCCGCCGACGCCCUCGCUCUCUGCGCCGACUGCGAAUGUGACUCCUACGGGAGCGCCGAAGGAAGCCAUCGCCACUCGCGGGUCUCUAUCGAGGGAUUCUCCGGCUGCCCCACGGCCCUGGAGCUCUCUGGUUACUGGGACUUGGAUCUCGCUGCCAAGAAGUCGGAUUCUUCUUCUUCCCUUCCUAUAAACCCCAUCCCGGACCAGUCGCUCUUCAUUUGGUCGCCUCUGGAUCCAGUCCUGGGCGCGGAUCCGGUAUUCAUCGACCUCUACGUGCCGUAUGCUCCCAAUAAGCAGGGUAUAGCCAAGCGCCAGAAGAACGCCCAGAGCAAGAAGCAGCUCUUCCAACAGCUUUUGGAGCUUUCCAGGACGGACCUGGUGGACUCGGCACCGGAUGAUCUCUGCCCCAGCACACCGCUUCGGACUGCCGGAAGUAGCCAGGAGAAUCUCCAUGAGCCACAGUCAAUGCAUCACACCUCCCUGCUCAUGCUGGAUCCCACGGGGCCUAAGGGGAGCGAUCGGUUUGUCGAACAGGAAUCUCUGCUGUGGGACUGCAGCCCGCCGGAUCAUCCCGUUCAGAUAUGGGAUUUCAAUCUUGGAAGACUAAGAGACCAGAAGGAAUCUGGUGCACUUGAAAUUGCAUACGGGACCAACAAUGAGGGUUUCAUGAUCAAGAGUUACAGUGACCUUAUCAAGGAAAACUCAAUCGCAGAUAUGAAAAUGUUGGAUGAAAUUGGCGAUGCCAGUUGCCCUUCCUCAAUUGAUGACAUAUUCUCAUCAAAUGCCCACCACAUACAGUCUCAUAAACAGAACAACAGUGCUGCAGCAGCCAAAUGGAAGCACAAUUCGAACUUCUCGGAAGUAAAAGGACCAACAGACUCCAUGCCAACCUUAAUUCAGUCUUUUGUUGAUUCAUCGCACGAUCUUAGCCGCACGAGACAAAUAUCAUUUGGAGAAAUCUUAGUCAGAAAUGAUAUUGUUAAAGAAACAAACAAGCUGGACAGCCAACUUCUGGCUAAAAACAGGGGCAAUGCCAUGAUACGGUACAGAGAAAAGAGAAAAAAUCGCAGAUUCGAUAAACAGAUUCGUUAUGUGUCGAGGAAGGCAAGGGCGGACAACAGGAAGCGAGUAAAGGGUCGUUUUGUCAAGUCCACUGAAUAGAUGUUGGCAUCGGAAAUUAAUAUUGUCGCUGUUGCUAAUCAAAAAAAAUAUUCUUUGACAAGCUUCAAUUGCGGCGGCAAUUUUUCUAUUUUGAUGCAGUCAUUGUGCUUGCGUGGUUACUGAGUUUGUGCUUCAUCUUGUGGCUUGAUUUCACAAUGAGUUUGAGAUGGUAGGAGCAAACUACUUCUCAAUAGGUUUCAGAUGAAAAUGUUACUUAUCAUGGUUUCUCCUCGCUUCAAGUCUCUUCCUUCAGUUAUAUGCAUAACGGAUGUUGCUUCUCCUGGAGUUUAGCUGACAUCUUACUAAAACUCCCAAUCUUAACUAGAUUUCUCU